ACAGCAGCAUGAAGGUCAAACGACAGAAGACGGUUAAAAAGUAUAUAAAUCUUUUUAAAAAUUCUUUUGGCGUCUUUGAGCCUUAUCAAAUACUUAUUGAUGGGACAUUUUGUCAGGCAGCCUUACAAAAUAGAAUCAACAUCAAAGAACAAUUGCCCAAGUAUUUGGAUGCAGAUAUACAGCUGUUGACCACGGAGUGUGUAUUACAUGAACUUGAAAGUCUUGGAGGUGCCCUUUAUGGUGCUCUUGUUAUUGCGAAGAGGUUUAAAACUCGCAAGUGCAGCCAUCGUGAACAUGUUCCAGCAACUGAGUGUGUCGCUCAUUUGGUUGGUGAUAAGAAUGAAAAAAGAUAUUUUGUUGCUACUCAGGACAAACACCUGCGUAACAGAUUUAGAAAAAUUCCAGGUGUGCCAUUGUUAUAUAUAAACUACAAUUGUAUUGUGAUGGAGAAGCCAUCUUUUGCUUGCACCAAGAAAGCAACUGAGGUAGAAAGAGCUCGUACUGAACCAACUGAGCAUGAAAGAGGAAUUUUAGAAAGAUUGAAAACAAAUGAUGAACCAGAGAUAAAAAAACGGAAAAGAAAACGAGCUAAAGGACCAAAUCCUCUAUCUUGCAAGAGAAAGAAAAUCAGUCAAGAUGGUCCUAUCGCGAGCAAUAAAUCAUCCUCAAGAAAACGAAGAAAAAAUAAAAUUCCUGCCCACGUUCUGGAGGUACUGGGACAGAAUUCAUGACCACAGUACAGAACAUGUAAGUUAUUGUACAAGUACACACAGCAUGUCAUACAGUAACUCAGUAAGAACCGUAGCCUGGUUGAUUUAAAGCUGGAUUGCGCUUGCCGCUUUCUACCGGAUAUAGUGUUUUUUAAUUGUUCCAAAAUCUUCCUUUGUUGAGUUUGUUCGCUAUGAUCUGUAUUUGACCUCAUGCAAUAUUGCUUAGAAAUUCGCCUCAAUCAUCAGUCACUAGGGUGAAGUUUAGUUUCUAUUUCGUCUGCUUGUCGACAAGUGGCUGAUGGAAAAGAUUGUGGUUAUAUCUCUGAGAUCAGUAGGACUUAAUUGCAUACCCCACACAAAAGGCGAGAUAAACUUGGGCUAUUCCGCAUCAAUCACAUGUCACUAUAGUGACAGGUCACGACGAAAUGAAAAUAAAGCGACUAAAAUACCAGACUGGCCUGUAUGUUACAAAAUGACACUUGUCACGAGAUCGCAGUGAUAAAUGCGAGCUAGCAGAUUUCGUUUUCGAAAUGAAUAUUGGCGAAAUAAAAAAAAAUAUGACAAAAACCAUCAGCAAAGAAUGUUCUUCUGCAUUAUUAUAUUCCGUAAUUAAAGAAUUAGGUUUUGCUGCAUGGUAUUGAGAGUUUUUGAUCCUUGGCUUUGCAAGAGGAUACUAUGAUCUAAAAUUGGGCGACUCAACACAAUUUGAAAGUCAAAAAAUAGACUGCAGUUCUAUUAUUGCUGACUAACAUAUGUUUACCUAAUGCACCAAAUCGGGCCUGUAAUUAUGUUGGACUAUGCUAAAAUUGCUGAUCUUUGUUUUUUUAAUAGUUUUCUUUGGAACAUAGUUGAUUGACUGCAGGGUAUUGAAACACACAUGUCUUAUCCAACUAAAUUUAGCACGUCCCUCGCUAGAAGUUAGUCUGUUAGUGGUCCAUAAUGAGACUGAUUUCGGUAGUGCCCACUCGAUAUCAACCGACAAUAACUGGACGCAAUUGAACUUUGGACAAGACUGCAGGAUCUUUUUCUCUGUUGAAUAUUCACCAUGAACAUAUUUACAUAAUAAAUAUACCAAGUCAGAGUUAUAAUUACUCUAUUGAACUUCUAAUCUCUGAUUUUGUCCAGUAAAAUGUUUUUGUUUUCAUACAAGUUCCGACAAACAAAAAAGGCAUUAAGUCAUUAAUGUUUUUUCCUAAUUGCAGUUAUUUCAAAUGAUUUAUUGCGGUCUUUGUGCCCUGCCAGUCAGCCAGUGCCAGACCAUGCACUCUUUGUUCAUAUUGACAUUUUUGCGGGCGUUUUACUAGUGGCGGGAAAGUCCUGGGCGACUGUACAGUCAAGGCGGCCUUUUGUUGUACACGUGAACAGAACAUGUGCCACCUCAUCAAAAUGGGAUGUUUGCCAAAUUUAUCUUGAAGCGUUGAAAGAUCCUUUAAGCCUCUUGUAUUGAAAUUGUGGACAUAAUGAUAAGAAUGCAGCUAUACAUGUAACGCAGGAUGAACCAGUGGAAUUCGUGUGGGGAAAUCUGAAAAGUGAUAUUUGAAUACAGAAUUCUAGUGUAUAUGGACUUCCUCUGAACUUUUUUACAAGCUAACCAAUCAGAGUUACCCAUCAGUAUCACAGUCGUUCAGUUAUAAAUAGAACCUUGCUGGGGCCAAAUCGUCAAAAGAAAACAAAGCUGACGUUGUGUAUAUGUUUUGCUGCAGAGAGAAUCACUUAUGAAGUAUAUGAAAAUAGUUUGAUAGUUUUGCGACGUGCAAAACAAAGGAGUUAUAAUGUCGUUAUUGAACUGUGCAAUACUCUUGGAAAACAGUAAAAUGACUGUAGCAGGUAAACUCCGAGAUUUAGGAGACAAAUUGGAAGAAGAGCGUUUGGUGAAAUUAUCAAAUUCGAAUAAUUUUACAAGUAAUUUUGGAGGCGGUUUAGCUGUGUGCCUCGGACUUUUUUUCCUUGGAAUUACAUUUUUGAAGCAGAAAAAAUAGCGUAUGCUGCAAUUUUGACCUGAAAAGGUUGUUGGAUAAAGAUAGUUGGAAAUUGUCGAUCAAACGAUGUGGCAUCAGGAUUCUUGACAAAUGACACUGUCUUUUCUGGGCUUUAAUGGUGAAUAUGAAUAUUUACUGGGCACGCGGUGUGGUGUAAUCUCGGUCUUGUACUUGGUCGAGAAAAUGGGAUUUUCCUGUCCUGCAUUUGGCUUUUUUAAUUGUGUACGGUAUUCGAUUACAUCGUAUGAUCUUAGUCGGCGAGAAUUGAAAUUGAAAGCUUCAACAUGCAACGGCACCUUCUUAACACUGGUCACGCUAAAGAAUGAUAUUGCACUUCUAAUAACAAACAGAUUCAAUAGUUCAUCAACGUGUUAUUUGAAAUAUAUCAGGGAAUAUUGGGAAAAGUAUAGUUUUGUAUAGGUAUAUUUUGUACAAAAAGAUUGCAUGUGUAAUUAUAUGGAGUUUUUAGGUGAGAUAUUAUGUGUAAAUCAACAUUAUGUAAAUAAUUUGUAACUUGUA